CUGAGGAAGAUACGGCUCUGAAAAUGACCAAAACAAAUCCCGCCACCACCACUAAUGUUCCCGCCAUUUGAAAUCCCUAGGUUGUUCCGAGGUUUGCUUCCUUCGUCUCCGGCAAAUCUCGGGUUCUCCGACCAUCCAAACCGCUUUUCGGUUAAAUCGAAGGCAAAUUUAGGGUUUCCCCAAAUCAAACUUAUAAUAAUGGCCGUGUUAGACUGGAAGCACCAAGCGCUUAUCCAAGCGCUGUUGACGCGAGGACCUCUGACGGAGAAGGAGUUCCACUCCAUCUUCACUGGCGUCACCGGCCUCAACCCAGGUAGCCAUCCAGAACGGUUUAAUGACUAUCUUUUAAUGAUAAACAAGGAACUUUCCUUUGUUCAGUUUGACUUACGGGCUUGUAGAGACCAAUACACUGGCCAGGUGUAUUACGGGGUAACUAAUAAUGUUUCAGAUGAACAAUCUAAGCUUGGAACAAAGUAUUCAGCUCCACAGAUUGCCUUCUUUAAGGGCAUUGUUGAAGCAAUAGCACAUGAUCUUGAGGGUCAGGGUAGCAUAUCCAACAUUGAUGCUCUCAAUAUACGACUGGAGAACCAGGUUCUGAGUGGGUCUGGAUCACAAUCUCAAGAUGGUUAUACUCAAGUUCCUGCUGCUUUCAGGAAUUUUACAAUGUCUCAGAAGGAAAAAACUCUUAGUGAACUGGUGCAGGAUAAGUGGCUUUGUCAUGCAGAAGAUGGGAAAAUUGGGAUUGGUGUCAGAUCCAUUCUUGAUCUGCGUAGUUGGUUCCGCAUUGCUGAUGUUCCAUCAUGUGAAGUCUGCAAUGAAACUGGUUUGAAGGUGAAAUUGUGCCCAAAUGAAGGUUGUACCGUUCGAAUUCAUUCAUACUGUCUCAAGACGAAAUUUUCCCAGAGGGGUGAAGUAGAAUGUCCAAGUUGUGGCACUCAGUGGCCAUAUCAAGUACCCAAGAGAGAACCCGUGGAGAAGGAGUAUGAGGCAAGAGCUCCCAGUCAGAGCCAACCAUCUCGAGGAUCCAAGAGAAAGAGAGAGAGAAGUGGCCAAAAUAGUGGUGCAGAUACUGUUGGACAUGGUUCCCAGGUUUCUAUGGCUGAUUCCAGCACAAGAAGAAUAACUCGAAGCUCUGCACAUCUGAGGUAAAUCAUUUGGCUAAGUGGGGACCAUGUUUUAAAAUCUGUAUAUUUUGCUACAUGAGCUUAUGAAAUGUUGCGUGGCUGCCCCAUUCAAACCCUAACCCCUAAAACCUUAAAGUAUUUUGAUUUGUUUUACUUGUGAAUCAAUGGUUAGUGUAAAUGUACUUGCUUGCUACUGCAAGCCUUUUCCACUUCUCUUUCGAUCCUGGCUAUGCAUUUCACAGGCUGACUCAUAUCCAAUCUUUUGGAAGGAAAGGAGUUGAUUAAGGUAGCAUUUGGAUGUUCUGUAGGAAAUGAAUGUUUCUGCAUUGGACUGUGAAGAUGAAUGUCUGUUGCCCAUUUCUGAUUCAUUACAUGAAUAAUCUUGGUCUAUACGAUUUUCUCAUGGGAAACGCAGCUUAGGUUUUACUUGGUAGAUGUGAAGAUGUUUUGAUUCUCUUCUGCUUGUUCUCUGCAUCACCAUCAAUGAGGAUCCCAAGCUUUCUCCAAACCUCGUAUGGUAUCUAUUCAUAAUACAUUCAAUUAAUAUCA